UAUAUUUUAAACAAAUCAGUUCAAUUCUGAAUCUUGGUGUUAAGAACGGAAUGGUGUCUUACCGUGAAACUACGUUGAAAUUGUUUCUUUUCUUUAUACAGAUUGAGUUUGGAUAUGGACGUCCUAGAGUUGACCCUCUCAAACAGAACACCCUAGGACACAGGAAGCCUGUGAGAGAGAGAAGGAGUACUCCUGAGUUUCUGAAAAUUAUUUAUGAUGAUGGUUCUGAUAAUUUUGACAAUACUUCGGAGGCUGGCAGUGACUUUUUCUUUGAUAAAGAUAACAACAAGAGGAAGAGGUUUAUUCAAGAUGAACCAGAUGUUUUCUACGAAGAGCUUUAUCCUGUGUUUACUGAGGAGUCGGAGAGUUUUUAUGGAUAUUCUGAGAUAGCUCAGAGUUAUGAAUUCAAGAAGAAAAAAUCUGAUUUGGAGAAGAGCUCUCCUGGGUUUAUGGACGAGAGUUCGGAUAAAUUUGGAGAUAACAAAAGAAGUGAUUCUAAGUUCAAACGCGAAAAUUAUCAAGAUUUUAAAGACCUCAGUUUCCAAGAAAACAAGGCUACGAGUUCCCAAGAAUACAAAGAUACAAGUUUCCAAGGAUACCAGGAUUUAAGUUCCCAAAAAUACAAGGAUAUAAGUUCCCAAGGAUACCAGGAUCCAAGUUCCCAAGAAUACAAGCAGAAGAAUAAUGAUGGAAGUUUCCAUGACCACACCACAGAAAGAUCUAAAGAAUAUUUAAAUUCAGACAAAAUGGACGAAAUUGCUGAAGAUACUUUAAACUAUGCUCUAAAUACCAAUCCACCAACCUAUGCUGUUACAAAGGAUGUAUAUUCAACAUAUACUCCACCGACCACGCAAACCUAUGCUUUUAAUUCCUCAAAUGCUACUCAAACCCAUUCUUCUCCAACCAAUUCUCCGUCAACCUAUGCUCCUCCAACCUAUGCACCUUCAACCUAUGCUCCUUCAACCUAUCAUCCUUCAGCCUCUUCACCUUCAACUUAUGCACCUCCAACCUAUGCUUCUCCAAAAUAUGCUCCUUCAACCUAUGUUCCUCCAACCUAUGAUCCUCCAACCAAAGCUCCUUCAAACUAUGCUCCUCCAACCUAUGCUCCUCCAACCUUUGCUCCUCCAACCAAUGCUCCUUCAACCUAUGCUCCUCCAACCUAUGCUCCUUCAACCUAUGCUCCUUCAUCCUAUGCUCCUCCAACCUAUGCUCCUCCAACCUAUGCUCCUCCAACCUAUGCUCCUCCAACCUAUGCUCCUUCAAACUAUGCUCCUCCAACCAAUACUCCUCCAACCUAUGCUGCUCCAACCAAUACUCCUCCAACCAAUACUACUCCAACCUAUGCUCCACCAACCUUUGCUCCUUCAACCUAUGCUCCUUCAACCUAUGCUCCUUCAACCUAUGCUCCUUCAACCUAUGCUCCUCCAGCCUAUGCUCCUCCAACCUAUGCUCCUCCAACCUAUGCUCCUCCAACCUAUGCUUCUCCAACCAAUGCUCCACAGGCCUAUGCUCCUCCAACCAAAGCUCCUCCAACCUAUGACACUCCAAACAAAGCUCCUCCAACCUAUGCUCCUCCAGCCUAUGCUCCUUCAACCUCUGCUCCUCAAACUUAUGCUUUUCCAACCAAUGCUCCACAGACCUAUGCACCUCAAACCUAUGCUUCUCAAACCUAUGCUCCACAGACUUAUGCUCCUCCAACCUAUGCUUCUCCAACCAAUGCUCCACAGACCUAUGCUCCUUCAACCUAUGCUCCUCCAACCAAAGCUCCUCCAACCAAAGCUCCUCCAACCUAUUCUCCUUCAACCUAUUCUCCUCCAACCUAUCAUCCACCAACCAAAGCUCCUCCAACCUAUGAUCCUCCAACCAAUGCUCCUCUAACCUAUGCUUCUCCAAAAUAUGCUCCUCCAACCAAAGCUUCUCCAACCUAUGAUUCUCCAACCUAUGCUUCUCCAACCAAUGCUCCACAGACCUAUGCUCCUCAAACCUAUGCUCCACAGACCUAUGCUCCUCCAACCUAUGCUCCACAGACCUAUGCUCCUUCAACUUAUGCUCCUUCAACCUAUUCUCCUCCAACCUAUGAUCUUCCAACCAAAGCUCCUCCAACCUAUGAUCCUCCAACCUAUGCUCCUCCAACCUCUGCUUCUCCAACCUAUGCUCCUCCAAUCAAAGCUCCUCCAACCUAUUCUCCUUCAACCUAUUCUCCUUCAACCUAUUCUCCUCCAACCUAUGAUCCUCCAACCAAAGCUCCUCCAACCUAUGAUCCUCCAACCUAUGCUUCUCCAACCUAUGCUCCUCCAACCAAAGCUCCUCCAACCUAUGAUUCUCAAACCUAUGAUCCUCCACCCAAAGCUCCUCCAACCAAUAGUCCUCCAACCUAUGCUCCUCAAGCCUACGCUCCUCCAACCUAUGCUCCUCCAGCCUACGCUUCUCCAACCUUUGCUCCUCCAACAAAAGCUCCUCCAACCUAUACUCCUCCAACAUAUGAUCCUCCAACCAAAGCUUCUCCAACCUAUGCCCCUCCAACAUAUGCUCCUCAAACCAAAGCUUCUCCAACCAAAGCUCCUCAAACCAAUGCUGCUCCAACCAAUGUCCCUACAACCUAUGCUCCUUCAAUGCAUGCUUCUCCAUCCUAUACUGUUCCAAUCUAUUCUACCUAUGAUAACCCACUGUAUCCAACAUUAGCUUCAAAUGAUCCAAAAACAGAAAUUUUACGCUAUGCUCAAACAACUCCUCCCACUUAUAUUUCAAACACAAACACCUCAACCUAUUCUACAGAUAUCAUCCCAUCAGUUAAAUCUCAUUACAAAGCAUCCAAUAUGCUCAAAAAUCCCGUGAAAAACUUAGCGAGCUGGUUGUAUAAGAAACAAGAGAUAACUGAAGCCAGAAACCAAAAUAAAGUAAAUUUCCAGGUUCCUGAAACAAAUGUCCAGUAUGCUAGAGUAAAAGAUCAAAGUUUUGGAGAAAAUACUCAAUAUACUGGAUUAAAAGAGAGAUACACUGAAAAAGUAAACACACAAAACCUUAGAUAUGAUCCAGGCAACAUCCAACCUAAAAAAAUUUCUAGCAAUCAAUGGACCCUUGAAGAUGGCAUGGGCUGGUCGGGUUCUCCGGAAGAGUCAAGUAGAACCAGUUUAUCGUCUGGUUGGUCUAAACAGUAUGGCAGUGGUCCACUGUUAGACUGGGCUGAUCAGGACGGCAGAGGUCAAGUGUCAGACUGGUCUGAUCAGGACAGCAGAGGUCAAAUGUCAGACUGGUCUGAUCAGGACGGCAGAGGUCAAAUGUCAGACUGGUCUGAUCAGGAAGGCAGGGGUCAAGUGUCAGACUGGUCUGAGCAGGAUGGCAGGGGUCAAGUAUCUGACUGGUCGAAACAGGACAGCAAAGGUCAAGUAUCAGGCUGGUCUAAGAAGGACGGCAGGGGUCAAGUAUCAGGCUGGUCUGAGCAGGACGGCAGGGGGAGUUGGGAAAAUAAGAUUAGAGAAACCAGUCCUGUAUUCAUGUACACGGAACCAAUUGUUCAAGGUUCUUCUCGCUACGUUACAUCAACCUUUAUUCCUAAGGAAACAAAGUUAACCACUAAAAAUAGAUUUUGGAUUGGCGUAUAGGAGUAAUCCAGGAAUAGAAACUCUGAUAGAGACACCAGUGUUGAAAAAUAUUAAAUGAUUUUUAUCUUUAAUAAAUUUUAAUAUAUUUAA